GACUGCGCACGCCUAAAGGAGACUUCGGCUCCUGGUCGCCCCCGCCACCUCUCUGCGCUUGCGCACUCUUACUGUCGGGUUUUCCUUUUCCGGGUCCUAACUAGGGCUAUCGGGCGCAUGCGCCACUGCAGGCUGGCGGCUGGCGGCUUCUUCCGGCCUUCCUUUUAGGCCGGCACCGGCAGAAGCGGGGCGAACGCCGUGCCCCUAGCGAGUGACCUGCGACCCCGGAAGUGGACCUCAGGGUCCUAGGGCUUUCCCAGGUCCGGAGAGAAAGGAGCCGUCGCCUGCACUCCGAGAGCACCCACUCCACGCCCACCUCUGGAUGUUGCCGACGAGUGCCCGGCCCGUGCCCUGCGCCUGCCUACUGGCUUGGCCCCUCCGAGCGGUUCGGAGCCACGGGUGGGGGCCAAGACCCCGCCCCUGAUGCCGCCCCACCCCUGUGCCGGAGCCUCGCACCUCUGACUGUCCCGACCGGCCCCGCCCCCUGCCUGCACCCGCGCCCCGCCGAUCCCCUCCCCCGCGGGGGGGGGCCAUGGCGUGAGCUCGAGGCCGGGCCCCGGGGCCCUCGGGCACCAAGCGGGGCAUGGGCCGGGGGCCGCCCCCAUGAGGGUCCCGGGAGAAGGACGCGCGCAGCAGCGGCGGGGCCAUGGGGUCUCAGGUGUUGCAGAUCCUGCGCCAGGGGGUGUGGGCCUCGCUCACUGGCGGUUGGUUCUUCGAUCCGCAUCAAAGCACCUUCUCCAACUGCUUCCACCUUUAUGUCUGGAUCUUCCUACUCACCUUUCCCUUCUUGCUGUACAUGGUCUUACCCCCCAGCUUGGUGGUGGCUGGUGUGUACUGCCUGGUGGUGGCAGUCAUCUUCACUACCAUCAAGACUGUCAACUAUCGGCUGCAUGCCAUGUUCGACCAGGGCGAAAUUGUGGAGAAGCGCAACUCUACCAUGGGAGAACAGGAGGAGGAGCCUGCCCAGGGGGACAGCAGUCUGCCCAGGGACCCUGGUGUAGAGAUGACAGUGUUUCGGAAAGUGAGUUCCACACCCCCAGUACGCUGCAGUUCCCAGCAUUCUGUGUUCGGCUUCAACCAAGUCUCGGAAUUGCUGCCUCGAAUGGAGGACUCUGGGCCCCUCAGAGACAUCAAGGAGCUGGUGCGAGAGCAGGGCAGCAACAAUGUGAUCGUGACCUCUGCCGAUCGAGAGAUGCUGAAGCUCAGUUCCCAAGAGAAACUGAUUGGCGAUCUUCCCCAGACACCCCCAGGGGUUAUCCCAGACCCCUCUUUCCCCAGCACAGACUCUUCAGAGCGUUCUCCCCUGGCUGGAGAUGGAGCUCCCUGGGGUGGGAGCAGUGUGGUGGAUACACCCAUGAGCCCUUUACUGAAGGGGAGCCUAAGCCAGGAGCUGAGCAAGAGCUUCCUGACUCUGACCCGGCCUGACCGGGCCCUAGUAAGGACCAGCAGCCGAAGGGAACAUCGCCGGGGCGCUGGAGGUUACCAGCCCCUGGACCGGCGGGGCUCCAGUGAGCCCAUGCCCCAGAAAGCCGGCUCCUCAGAUUCAUGCUUCAGUGGCACAGACAGGGAGACACUGAGCAGCUUCAAGAGUGAGAAGACCAACUCAACCCACCUGGAUAGCCCCCCUGGCGGACAAGCUCCUGAGGGCAGUGACACAGACCCCCCCUCGGAGGCUGAGCUGCCUGCUUCACCAGAUGCUGGGGUACCCUCCGAUGAUACCCUGCGGUCCUUUGACACGGUCAUCGGAGCAGGGACACCCCCAGGUCCAACUGAACCACUCAUGGUUGUACGACCCAAGGACUUGGCCCUGCUUCGGCCUAGCAAACGGCGGCCACCUGUGCGAAGACAUUCCCCACCCAGCCGUGCCCCUAGACGCCCCCUGCUCGAGGGUGCAGGCUUCUUUGAGGAUGAAGACACCAGUGAGGGCAGUGAGCUGAGCCCAGCCUCUAGUCUGCGAUCGCAGCGCCGCUACAGUACCGAUGACAGCUCUUCUUCCACUUCUUGCUACUCCCCUGAGAGCUCCCGGGGUGCAGCAGGGGGGCCUCGGAAGCGCCGGGCUCCUCACGGGGCUGAGGAAGGCACUGCUGUCCCCCCUAAGCGUCCCUAUGGGACCCAGCGGACGCCCAGUACUGCCAGUGCCAAAACGCAUGCGCGCGUGCUGAGCAUGGAUGCGGCAGGGGGGGAUGUCCUAAGGGCUCCCCUGGCAGGCUCCAAGGCCGAGCUGGAGGCCCAGGCAGGAGUGGAGCUGGUUACCGGUGAGCCUGCUGUGGUGCCUGCUGAGCCCCGUAGGGGACCUGCUGCUAACCAGCCCGGCUGGAGGGGGGAGCUGCAGGAGGAAGGUGCUGUGGGGGGAGCAGCUGAGGAGACGGGCAAGCGAGACCACUCAAGUAACGUGAGGCGGACACAGGCCAUCCGGAGACGUCAUAAUGCAGGCAGUAACCCCACCCCGCCGGCCUCUGUCAUGGGCUCGCCACCCAGCAGUCUGCAGGAGGCUCAGCGGGGCAGAGCUGCCUCCCACUCCCGGGCACUGACACUGCCAUCCGCCUUGCACUUCGCCUCUUCACUGCUGCUCACCCGGGCUGGCGCCAAUGUGCAUGAGGCCUGCACCUUUGACGACACCUCGGAGGGGGCCGUGCACUAUUUCUACGAUGAGAGCGGUGUGCGUCGUUCCUACACCUUUGGCCUGGCUGGAGGUGGCUACGAGAACCCUGUGGGGCAGCAGGGGGAGCAGGCAGCCAAUGGAGCCUGGGACCGCCACUCACAUUCCUCUAGUUUCCACUCGGCUGAUGUCCCUGAGGCUACAGGAGGUCUGAACCUGCUACAGCCCAGGCCAGUGGUUCUGCAGGGCAUGCAGGUGCGCCGGGUGCCCCUGGAGAUUCCAGAGGAGCAGACUCUGAUGGAGGAGGCGCCGCCCCGUGCCCAGCACAGCUACAAGUACUGGCUUUUUCCUGGCCGCUGGACCUCUGUGCGCUAUGAGCGGCUCGCCCUGCUGGCCCUGCUGGACCGGACACGGGGGGUGAUGGAGAACAUCUUCGGCAUCGGGCUAAGCAGCCUGGUUGCCUUUCUGGGCUACCUGCUGCUGCUCAAGGGCUUCUUCACCGACAUCUGGGUCUUCCAGUUCUGUCUGGUCAUCGCCUCCUGCCAGUACUCCUUGCUCAAGAGUGUGCAGCCUGAUGCAGCCUCACCCAUGCACGGCCACAACUGGGUAAUUGCCUACAGCCGGCCUGUCUACUUCUGCAUCUGCUGUUUGCUCAUCUGGCUGCUAGACGCCCUGGGCUCAGCUCAGCCCUUCCCACCCGUCUCCCUUUAUGGCCUCACACUUUUCUCUGCCUCCUUCUUCUUCUGUGCCCGAGAUGUGGCCACUGUGUUCACCUUGUGCUUCCCGUUCGUCUUCCUCCUGGGCCUCCUGCCCCAGGUCAACACCUGCCUCAUGUAUCUGCUGGAGCAGAUAGAUAUGCACGGCUUUGGGGGCACAGCCGCCACCAGCCCGCUCACUGCAGUCUUCAGCCUUGCCCGAAGCCUGUUGGCUGCCGCCCUGCUCUACGGCUUCUGCCUUGGAGCCAUCAAGACUCCAUGGCCAGAGCAGCACGUCCCUGUCCUCUUCUCCGUCUUCUGUGGCCUCCUGGUGGCGCUGUCCUACCACCUGAGCCGGCAGAGCAGUGACCCCACCGUGCUCUGGUCUCUGGUUCGGAGCAAGAUCUUUCCUGAACUAGAGGAACGGAGCCUGGAGACAGCCCGGUCCGAGCCCCCAGACCCACUGCCAGAAAAGAUGCGCCAGUCGGUGCGAGAGGUCCUGCACUCUGACCUGGUGAUGUGCGUGGUGAUUGCUGUCCUCACUUUCGCCAUCAGCGCCAGCACCGUCUUCAUCGCCCUGAAGUCAGUGCUGGGUUUCGUGUUGUACGCCCUGGCUGGAGCUGUGGGCUUCUUCACGCAUUACCUGCUGCCGCAGCUCCGCAAACAGCUGCCCUGGUUCUGCCUCUCGCAGCCCGUGCUGAAGCCGCUGGAGUACAGCCAGUAUGAAGUGCGCGGUGCUGCUCAGGUGAUGUGGUUUGAGAAGCUGUAUGCCAUCCUUCAGUGUGUGGAGAAGUACCUCAUCUACCCUGCUGUGGUGCUCAACGCUCUCACAGUGGAUGCCCACACCGUCGUCAGCCAGCCGGACAAGUUCUGCCUCUACUGUCGGGCACUGCUGAUGACAGUGGCGGGGCUGAAGCUGCUGCGCUCAGCCUUCUGUUGCCCACCCCAGCAGUACCUGACCUUGGCUUUCACCGUCCUGCUCUUCCACUUCGACUACCCGCGUCUCUCCCAGGGCUUUCUGCUGGACUAUUUCCUCAUGUCCCUGCUUUGCAGCAAGCUAUGGGACCUGCUGUACAAGCUGCGUUUUGUGCUGACCUACAUCGCACCCUGGCAGAUCACCUGGGGUUCAGCCUUCCAUGCCUUUGCUCAGCCCUUUGCUGUACCACACUCAGCCAUGCUGUUUGUCCAGGCCCUGUUGUCAGGGCUGUUCUCCACCCCGCUCAACCCCCUCCUGGGCAGCGCUGUCUUCAUCAUGUCCUAUGCGAGGCCUCUCAAGUUCUGGGAGCGUGACUACAACACUAAACGUGUGGAUCAUUCCAACACCCGCCUGGUGACACAGCUGGACAGGAAUCCCGGCGCUGAUGACAACAACCUCAACUCCAUCUUCUAUGAGCACUUAACGCGCUCGCUGCAGCACACGCUGUGUGGAGACCUGGUGCUGGGCCGCUGGGGCAACUAUGGCCCCGGUGACUGCUUCGUCCUGGCCUCCGACUACCUCAAUGCGCUGGUGCACCUCAUCGAGGUUGGCAAUGGCCUGGUUACCUUCCAGCUGCGUGGCCUUGAGUUCCGGGGCACGUACUGCCAGCAGCGGGAGGUGGAGGCCAUCACCGAAGGCGUGGAGGAGGAUGAAGGCUGCUGCUGCUGCGAGCCCGGCCACCUGCCCAGGGUCCUGUCCUUCAACGCCGCCUUUGGGCAGCGCUGGCUGGCCUGGGAGGUGACAGCCAGCAAGUAUGUGCUAGAGGGGUACAGCAUUAGCGAUAACAACGCCGCCUCCAUGCUGCAGGUCUUCGACCUCCGCAAGAUCCUCAUCACCUACUACGUCAAGAGCAUCAUCUACUAUGUCAACCGUUCCCCCAAAUUGGAGGCCUGGCUGAACCAUGAGGGCAUCGCAGCUGCCCUGAGGCCAGUGCGGGCCCCGGGCUAUGCUGACUCAGACCCCACGUUCUCGCUAAGCGUGGAUGAGGACUACGACCUUCGCCUCUCUGGCCUCUCUCUACCCUCCUUCUGUGCUGUGCACCUUGAAUGGAUCCAGUACUGCGCCUCCCGGCGAGGCCAGCCAGUCGACCAGGAUUGGAACUCGCCACUCGUCACCUUGUGUUUUGGCCUGUGUGUGCUGGGCCGUCGGGCCCUGGGGACAGCCUCCCACAGCAUGUCUGCUAGCUUGGAGCCCUUCCUGUAUGGCCUACACGCCCUGUUCAAGGGGGAUUUUCGCAUCACCUCCCCACGGGACGAGUGGGUCUUUGCCGACAUGGACCUGCUUCACCGAGUCGUGGCACCUGGCGUUCGCAUGGCCCUCAAGCUUCACCAGGACCAUUUCACAUCCCCAGAUGAAUACGAGGAGCCCGCGGCCCUGUAUGAUGCCAUUGCAGCCAAUGAGGAGCGGCUGGUCAUCUCCCACGAGGGGGACCCGGCCUGGCGCAGCGCCAUCCUGAGCAACACGCCCUCGCUGCUGGCGCUGCGCCACGUCAUGGACGACGCGUCCGAUGAGUACAAGAUCAUCAUGCUCAACCGGCGCCACCUCAGCUUCCGGGUUAUCAAGGUGAACAGAGAAUGCGUGCGCGGCCUGUGGGCCGGGCAGCAGCAGGAGCUGGUGUUUCUGCGCAACCGUAACCCUGAGCGGGGCAGCAUCCAGAACGCCAAGCAGGCGCUCCGCAACAUGAUCAACUCCUCCUGCGACCAGCCGCUCGGAUACCCCAUCUACGUGUCACCCCUCACCACCUCGCUGGCCGGCAGCCACCCCCAGCUGCGGGCGCUGUGGGGUGGCCCCGUCAGCCUGGGAGCCAUCGCCCGCUGGCUCCUGCGCAGCUGGGAGAGGCUGCACAAGGGCUGCGGCGCUGGCUGCAACAGCGGCGGCAAUGUGGAUGACUCUGAUUGUGGGGGCGGCGGCCUGACCUCCCUCAGCAAUAAUCCCCCCUUGGCGCACCCCACACCUGAGAACACAGCAGGCGGUGGGGAGCAGCCCCUCCCUUCAGGCCCUGGCUCGCUCAGCAGCUCCGGUGACGGGCGGCCCCCGCCUCUGCUGCAGUGGCCUCCCCCUCGGCUCUCUGGACCAGCACCCGCCUCCCCUGCUCUCACUGAGGUUCCCCGCCCCUCACGGCCCCCUGGCCCUGGGCUCCUCAGUUCCGAGGGGCCCAAUGGGAAGUGGAGCCUGGGGGGUCGGAAGGGACUGGGAGGAUCUGAUGGGGAGCCAGCCUCAGGGAGUCCCAAAGGAGGCACCCCCAAGUCUCAGGUGCCUCUGGACCUCAGCCUCAGCCCUGAUGUGAGCUCCGAGGCCUCACCUCCUAGAGCAGCCCAGGACAUUCCUUGUCUGGACAGCAGUGACGCCAAGAGUGGUACACCCACCGGGCUCCCGGGUGACUGGCCCGCCCCUGCCGAGGAGCGCGAGAGCCCAGCGGCGCAGCCCUUGCUGGAGCACCAGUACUGAGCGGCCCAGCGCCCAGCGCCCACGGACCUGUCCCAGGACCCAAUGACUCGGACUCCCUCUGCUGCCUCCGGCCCUCUCCGUUGGACCACAGAACUGAGUAGCUUUGGCUCCCAAGCCUGAACCCUGACCUCUGUCUGCCUCAGCCAAAGUACCGGAACUGAAUGGCCCAGACCUCUGACCUUGACCUCUGAUCUCUCCCUAAUUCAUGGCCUGGGUGCUCUAAGCUGAGGCAGUCAGCCUCCCAGCCAGGCCCCAAGAGCCAAACCCAUGGGCUGGUCCCUCUUUGAGCCUGUGACCAGGACUGACUCUGCCCUGGACCUGCACUGCCUGAAAGGCUGGUCCCUCGGCCUGACCUGGGGCCCGAAAUGUGGCAAGGCUGGUUUGUUCUUUCUUUCUUUUUCUUUCUUUCUUUUUUUUUUCGUGCUUCAGAGACACCAAAUUAAUAACACUAUUUUUGAUUUUG